AUGGCGCCGUCGACGUGCUUUGAGUUUCCGUUGCUCAAGGACGAGGUCACGACGAUCGUCCAGGACGCAGUGCUGAGCUCGCUCGAGGGCAAGGCGUACGACCAGGCCAAGGUCAACGACUGGAUCAACACGAUCACCGCGUCCUGCAUUGACGAUCUCAAGCGGCUCUGCCAGAACUUCAAGUACAUUGCGACGUGCUCCAUCAAGCAAAAGAAGGGCGGUGGCCUCGACGUCGAGAGUGCGUGCUACUGGGACGAAAAGUCGGACGGCGCGUGCUUUGUGACAUGGGAGAACAGCUCCAUGCAAGUUGUCAUUAGCAUUUAUGGGAUCGCCAUUUAG